AUGCCAAAGCCGGAAAGGGAAGAUCAUAGCAGCGACCACAAGCAGGAUGCAAAGAACUCCUCUCCAGCACCCUGCAGCACCGCCAUCGCUGCAGUUGACGAGCAUUCCGCGACCGACUUGCUCAACCCUCGCCACUGGCCCCUCUGGAAGAAAUGGACAAUUAUUUUCUGCGUGUCAUUGCUGAACUUUGUCGAUGCCAUUGGCAGCUCUGCGUCAGCAACGGCGGUGCCGGCGCUCCUUGCCGAUUUCGGCCAUGAGAAUGUCGGGAGAGUUGCAGUCAUUCUGGUUGUGUCGGUGUAUGUCCUUGGAGUGGCCGUCGGUCCGGUCAUCGUCGCUCCACUCUCGGAGAAAUACGGCCGACUUUGGCUAUACAACGGAUGCAGCGUUCUGUUCGUGGUUUUCAACAUUGGAUGCGCGCGGAGCACGAGUAUCGGCGCAUUGAUUGCGCUUCGAGCUCUUUGUGGUGUCGUCAGCGCAGUGCCACCCACGUUAGGGGCGGGCAGCAUCGCGGACUUGAUGGACGUAAAGGAUCGCACGAUGGCAAUAGCAGUGUGGGCGCUCGGCGCCAUCAUCGGGCGAACCUCUAGGCCAACCAUAGGUCCUGUGGCAGGUGCCUUCAUCGCGGAGGCCGCAGGAUGGAGAUGGAUCUUCUGGGCUCUUGUGAUCGUUGGAGGAGCGGCUGCGCUUUCAAGCCUGCUCUUCAUGCGGGAAACUCACCACCCCACGAUCCUACGGAAAGCGGCCAAGAUUCCUCGGAACGUGUAUGACACGGACCAAGCCGAAUCACAGCUCCCGUCUGAUGGAGAAAACAUCUCAGCAGCCCUGUUGCUGCGGCCGUUGGUCUUGCUGUUCACCAACUCUUCUAUCUUGGCUCUCUCUGCUUAUUCUGCCCUCGCAGUCGCUUAUCUCUACAUAUUUUUGACUACGCUUGCCGAGACGUACACGACCAUAUACGGAUUCUCCGUCGGCGUGGCUGGCUUGGUGUACCUCAGCAUGGGAUUGGGCGCGAUUGUUGGUCAGCUUGUGUACUCUGCAUUGACCGACCGAACGGUUCGUCUCCACACUGCUCGUGGAGACUACAAACCCGAGCAUCGACUUUUGUGGGCGCCGAUAGGAUCAAUCGUCAUGCCCUUGGCGUUGCUGUGGUUCGGAUGGUCGGUUGAGGAGCGCGCGCACUGGAUGGUUUCCGUGGUGGCCUUGUUCCCGUUGGGCUUUGGUCUAGUCAUGGAGAUGGUGGCACCGCUUGCGUAUCUGAUUGACGCGUUCCCGGAUUGUGCAGCUUCCGCUGUAGCAGCAACGGUCAUCUCGCGGGCAGUCUCUGGAGCGUUCAUGCCUCUCAUCAGCGUACCAUUGUAUGACGCUUUGGGACAGGGCUGGGGAAAUUCGCUCUUGGCACUCGUUGCGUUUCUCCUCGUACCUGUACUACUGCUGAUCUCCGGACACAUCCAUAGGCUGUCCCGGCACGUGUUGCAUCACAGGACAUGA